AUGGGCGACAAGAAAAUUAAAAUAGAUGAGUACAAAGAGAUUCGUUUGGGAGGAUUUCAAGCAAGAUCGCACAAUUGGUGGGAAGAAGCCAAUCCUGAAGAAUCUGAGGAGGAAGAACAAUAGGGUCAAGAAUGGAGGUAUUUGGAACAUCAUGGAGUUUUGUUUCCUCCAUUUUAUAAGAGACACAAUGUGGGUUUGAUUUACAAUGGGAAGUUGAUAACCCUCACAGAGGAGUAGGAAGAACUUUGCACAUAUUGGGCAUAAUCUAUUGGAUCUCCAUAUGAAAAUAAGGAAAUUUACAGGAAGAAUUUUGAAUCGCUUAUGCAGACAAAAUUUGAAGGGUUUUAAUUGGAUAAGGCUGAUUUCACAAAGAUAAAGGAAUAUUUGGAAUAGCAAAGAUUAUUGAGAUUGAAUAAAUCUGAUGAAUAAAAAAAGCAGGAGAAAUUAGAAAGAGAUCAAAGGGAAUUGUUUUAUGGGUAUGCUUUGGUGGAUGGUUGUUUGGAAAGAGUAGGCAAUUACACACUGGAAUAGCCCACUUUAUUCAAGGGACGUGGAGAACAUCCAAAGGCAGGAUUGCUAAAAGCCAGGAUAUUUCCAGAGGAAUUAACAGUGAAUCUAAGUACAUAGGCUCCAGUGCCAUAAUGUAAAUUGCCUGGUCAUUCUUGGGGCAAGAUAGUGCAUAGAAAUGAUGUUACUUGGCUGUUUUCUUAUGUGGAUUCCAGUAUCAGAAAAGACAAUCAUAAAUAUGUCCAAUUUGCUGCCACUUCAAGAUUUAAGUAGAUGAAUGAUAAGAGGAAGUAUGAGAAGGCAAGGAGAUUGAAGAAUUAAAUUGAUCAAAUUAGAGAGAAUUACACUAAGAAGUUACAAUCAGAUUCAAUUAAAGAAAGAUAAUUAGGAACAGCAACCUAUUUGAUAGAUAAAUUGGCAUUGAGAGUUGGAAAUGAAAAGGAUGAGGAUGAAGCAGACACAGUCGGUUGUUGCAGUUUAAGAGUAGAACAUAUCAAAUUGAAGGAGGAUGAUGUAGUGGCCUUUGAUUUCUUGGGUAAGGACUCCAUGAGAUACAAUAAUGAGGUUAAAUUAGCACAUUAGAUUUGGAAGAAUCUCAAACUGUUCAUCAAAGGAAAACAACCAGAAGACAACUUGUUUAGUGAUAUAAGUGUUGAUGAUUUGAAUGAUUUCUUGAAAAAGUAAAUGGAAGGAUUAACAGCCAAGGUCUUUAGAACUUAUAAUGCAAGUUUUACACUCCAACAACAACUUGAUUUAGGUGGCAAAUUAGAUGGCCACUCCGUUUAAUAAAAGGUUGAUUUCUAUGAUAAUGCCAAUAAACAGGUAGCUAUUUUAUGUAAUCAUCAAAAAACUAUAUCUAAAUAAUUUGAAUUAACUAAAAAGAAAAUCAAUACGAAAUUAGAAUGCAUGAAAACAUACAUCCAAGAAUUGGAAUAGCAUUAUAAGAAGAAGAAUCCUAAUGAAUAUGAGGAGGAAGUUUAAUUAGAGGAGGGAUCUCAGAAGAAGAACAGUAUCUUUAUCAAGAAGUUCCCAGGACAACAUGAUAAGAUCAAAUAAACGAUUUAGAAGACUCAGGAGAAAUAUUAGAAGGAGUUGAAAGGGUUGGAAAAGAAAGAAGAAAAUAAGGAGAUAGCUUUGGGAACUUCCAAAACCAAUUACAAUGAUCCUAGAAUUAGUGUGGCAUUUUGUAAAGUACAUGAUGUGCCUAUAGAAAGAGUGUUUUCAAAAACUUUAAGAAAUAAAUUCAUUUGGGCUAUGGCUACAGAUUCUAAUUGGAAAUUUUGA